CUGUCUCCGUGGUCUACGCCUAGCAACACUCGAACUCUGCGCAAUAAUAUGGUGAAACUGCACGGCUAGGACUUUUGGCGAACUGGCGCGAGCUACCGCCUGAACCAUGAGCUCCUCCGAACACAACGACCCCGCGGUCAUGGGCGACUCAAGCGUAGAUGUAAUGGCUACGGCAAUACACAGUGAAGGCGAGCCCGGGCGAAUGUCUCCCGCGUCCGCAGCCUCUUAUGAGUCUUGUCUGGAGAGCGCUGGAGAAGAAGUGGAAACACCUCACGCCGACGUGCUGGACCCCGCGGUGAACGAUGAAGCGGCGGAAUCCACCGAGUCAAGGGUACAUCCAGGCGACGAGUCCGACAGCACCCCACGAUCUGAGGUCCCGUCUGGAGUGGAUGGCUGGGACCACAAUGCCAAUCCAGAUCAGACUGGACAUUCGGAAACAGGCUAUUUUGCUCCACAGCCGUUGCGAUACUUCUCCAACAAACUCCCGCCCACAACGUCAUCUACGGAGCCGUCACCGAUGCCGAGUCUUAAUGCUUCGACGACAUCUGUCGAUUGCGUUAACGUUGAGACUACCACCAAUGCGGCUGCCGCUCUAGAACAUCACGAUCGACCCUCUGUCCUCAGAGAUGUCUCCACCUCCUCAACAGCCAGCACGUCUACUGUGAGGCCACCUUCGACGGAACCCAGUCGCCGAUUCACCACACCUCCAAAGCCUCACAAGGAUGGCCCAAGCUAUCCCAACCAGGCUUAUGCCGCCCUACAAACACAACACUACCCACCACCCUAUUCGCCGCAGAUACUGCGCACACGAAGCUCUCAUGCGGCACACAUCUCGCCUUUCUCGAAGAUCGCAACCUUCAGCCUUGGUAACGAGGAGCGUAGCAUGCUAGACACAGGCUCUAGGACAGUAGGGAAUUCCCCUGCGAGUAGCCCAGGGCUUUUUAGCCCAGCCACACCCUCGUCCUCAUAUCCACACGACGACCACGGCUCUUAUCCUAGUCCGUACCUCCACUAUACCCAUCGACAGGCUCCCAAAGAAACUCACGUUGCUGAUGUUGACGUGGAUCCCGUUUCUGGACGCAAGAUAAUCAACGCCUACGAGGUCAUUGAUGAGCUCGGUCGUGGAGUCCACGGCAAGGUCAAACUUGGUCGUAAUCUCGAGACCGGCGUUUUCGUAGCUAUCAAAAUCGUCGACCGAUACUCGAAACGUCGUCGACUUGGAAAGAAUACCAACCACGAAGACAAAAUCAAGAAAGAGAUUGCCAUCCUCAAGAAGGCUCGCCACCCAAACAUCGUUAGUCUACUCGAAGUGAUUGACGACCCGAGUCGGAAGAAGGUGUACAUCGUCUUAGAGCACGUGGAGCUUGGUGAGAUAAAAUGGCGGACGGAUGCAGCAAAAGAGAUUGCACAGGUAGAGUUCCGAAAAUUUCAGAGGGAGAAGCAUGGCAUUUUCGAUAACGACGCUGCCGUGCAUGAAGACGACACCAUCAUAAACACGGCUCAUCGCCGACUUGAGAGGCGUGAGAGGCAAAGGUUAAAAGAGUUGCACGAACGUCGUAUGUUGCAGGAGCCGCAACUCCAGAGUUGGAGUUUUGAGCAUGGCGGUGACUCGGAUGAAGAGACGUCAGAUAACGAAAGCAGGUCAAGAUCAACAGAGAACCGUGCGGUGGAACUUUCCGGUGGUUAUAAUGGUGGCGAUGAGUGCCGAACCGAACAGCAUCAACAAGGUAACACCCUCACUACUUCUCGAUCACAGACCCCUAUCGCCGGGUCCCAUCAUAUUACUCAACACGGGGAUCUCACAGGCCUCGAAGGGACUAUGUACGGAGCAUAUGAACCUGAAAUAUUCCGCGGACGCACCCCGAGUGUCGCUGGCAGUCUCUCCUCUCAUUACACCGACCCGGACGAUAUGAGCGACAUAGAUGAGCAUUUCCGAUAUGUACCUCUCAUGACCUUGGAGGGUACUCGAGAAGCAUUCAGGGACACCGUGCUUGGGUUAGAGUAUCUCCACUACCAAGGCGUCAUCCAUCGAGAUAUCAAGCCCGCAAAUCUCCUCUUAACCAAGGAGCAUCGCGUCAAGAUCUCGGAUUUCGGUGUGUCCUUCCUCGGCAAACAGUCACCCGACGAAAGCGAUGACAUGUCGGAGUCGGAAGCACACGACGCCGACGAAGCUAUCGAACUGGCGAAAACCGUUGGUACCCCGGCGUUCUACGCUCCAGAGCUGUGUCGGACGGAUGUCGACGCAGAGACUCCUCCUGUGACUGGCAAGAUCGACGUGUGGGCUUUGGGUGUGACUCUGUACUGUCUCGUCUUUGGCCGAGUACCCUUCCACGAACAGAACACGUUCGCACUAAUGCGCGCUAUCACCGAGGAGGACGUCUAUAUCCCACGCUAUCGGUUGAAGGCUGUUGCCGAAAAGUCCAGUUCAAGACCUAGUUCGCAUGGUCCCUCGUAUCACUCCAUCAGCAGCAACAAACGAGCACCUCAUGACCUUGAGUACGAGGAGGUUAAUGACGAUCUUCACGAUCUCAUCAAGAGACUGCUUAUCAAAGAUCCUCGUAAGCGCAUCACCCUAAAGGAGAUUAAACAUCACCCAUGGCUUCUCCAAGGCAUUGACAACAAGGUUGCUUGGGUCGAGGAGACGGAUCCAAAAAGACAAACGAAAGGCAGGAAGAUUGAAGUAUCCAAGGAUGAAGUUGCUCAAGCCGUCAUGCCAAUCAAAUUUAUGGAUCGAGUACAGUCUGUUUUUAAGAAGACGAUAGGUGCAAUGACAGGGCUUGGCACCCGGGCUGGAUCGAGAAGACGAGCGCAAAGUUCCGCCACCAAUCCCGAGGCCACGGGCCAGUUAUCUACAGCUUCGUCAAGCAGCACAAUUAGUCAAGAUGGUCGCAGGCCUAGUCUCGCGAUGAACGAGUCGAUUUAUGCUGCCUUGAGGAGCUCCAGAGAGCCCGACCACCCUCUUUCGCAUAGCGUCACAGUGAGUCCAGAGGCGAAGGAACAUGCCCCAUAUUUCGACGGUUCGCGUUCAAGACCGGAGUCGCCAAUCAGCUAUAGUGAAAAUCUCGAGAACCCAAGUCCUCUUGCAAGCUCUUCAAGGCCACACCAUCUUGAGCGUGCUCAAUCGACCAUGUCGACGACAGCUUCGGUGAGAACGAUCAGGCAAUCGGACAUGCUCAACACGUCUGGUGCUGCUUCACCACCUCUUCUGCCAGCUCUUCCAGGUACACCACUUGCGUUGGAUGGCCUAGGAGGAUCUAAUUUGGGAGGGAUAUUUGGAGGCCUGCCCCGUCGGGUUAUAACAAGUGUUAGAAGCCGGGACAGAAACUCAGGCCAUCGCCAGAGCCAUAGCCGAGCAAAAUCGAUCGACCGGCUGGUUGACGCUGAUGACGAUGCUCACGGAGGGCCGACACUUGCUUUAAGUAACACACUCGCCGCGGGGCACGUCGACCCUCCUGCCGUUCUCAAAGACCAUUCUCCAAUCCACGCCGCUACGCGCCUCUUUCCUGAUCCCAUAGAACGUACAUCAUCACGCCAGUCUUCAAUUUCGUCGACAUCAUCUAGGCUCAAUUCGGUAUACACUAUCGAAGAAAGAACCUCAGCCCAGAGCCCCGGCAGCUAUCCAUUUCCUUCACUCCAGCGGAACACUUCGGACGACCGGUUCAAUCGUGCAAAGGAGGAGCUCACACGAAGACGGAUUUUUGAGGAUAGCCAGCAUCGGGAGCGACCAUCGUCUGGAACUUAUUCACGGCCAGUCAGCGCUCUGAGCCAAAUUGCUUGUCCCCCAAGCCCGGAUGACGAGGUUUUCUUCGAAAGACAAAGACUUGACGACAUGUUCAACCGACAACAUCCAAGUCAAGGCUCGUCCAUGGAGACUAGUCCAGUUGGCUAUAGUGGCAGCGUCAACACGGUACAGUCCGCGGCUUUGACAUCGAGUUCCUCCGAGGAUCACUUUACGUCCAUGUCGCAAUCCACUUCAAACCCCUCGAUACCGUCUGUCAUCUCAGCAACGUCGUCCGUAGCACUUGAUGACGGGUUUACCUUGGACCUUGCCAAGAAGCAAGGCGUAAAAACGGGUCUCGAUCCUAAUGUCGCCAUCGCCGACGACUAUGCUGGAUAUGAUGGCGAUCAUGCUGUAGAGAUUGGCGACGAAGAAGACGAUUCCGACGAAGAUGACUUCAUAGUCAUGAACAAGAAAAGUGGAGUUAGAAGAAGUGACUCUAUUGCCAACGAUCCAAUCGCAGCGGCAGCAAUGGCACCGUGAAGAAGGUCCGACCUCUUGAAACGACCGAUGAUGAUCGCCAUCAAUCACCCGAAACAACCUCCGAAAUUCGAUGAUCUCAGAUACCCAUCAUAUGCAACGAACUCUGCUAUAAUCCUCCCACCUCGCUAUGUAUUUACGAUCACGAUCAUCGCACACGUUUCAGAUUCGCAGCGUUGCUG